AUGGCUGGCAUCGAAAACCCAAAGCCCCAAUACGAUGCAUUUGCGACCUCAUACGACCUGGUCUGGACGACCCCCGCCGUGAAACCCCUCCUCCCGCUGUUGAGGUCAACCAUCAGCUCCUUCGGCCCAUUGGACGGCUCGUCCGUUUUAGAUCUCGCCUGCGGCACAGGAAUCGGCCUGCGACUUGCAGGCUCUCUCGGCGCCACCAAGCUGGUCGGAGUCGACAUCUCCCCUCAGAUGCUCGGGAUAGCCAAGACGACAACCCCGGGCGCCGCUUUCCACACGGCGGACUGCAGCAAGCCCUUGGGCGGGCUCGGACUAGAACCUGGGAGCUACGAUGUAGUGCUUGGUUUCUGGCUGCUGAACCAGUGUCCCUCAUCCACCGAGAUGCGCGGGAUGUGGGAAAAUGUUGCGACAUUCCUCAAGUCUGGGGGCAGAUUCGUGGGCGUCAUUGAGAAUCACGACAUUGUGCACCCCAUUGGUGUGCAGAGCUUCAAGUACGGCGCUCAGGAGACGAACGUCACGGAACUCGAGAACGGCCAGGGCUGGACUGACCACGUUGAGUUUCUGACGGAACCCAAAGUUGAACUCGAUGGGUUCAGGUUGAGGAAGGGGAUUCUGGAGUCGGAGGCCAAGAACGCUGGGAUGGGUGAGAUUUUCUACCAUGCUCCGGUAAUGGAGCACGUUAAAGAGACAGGCACUGCUGGAAACGAGGAGGGCGAAGAAGGAGAAUGGUGGGAUGACCUGUUGAAUGAGCCCCCGAACUUUGUCAUUGUGGCCCAGAAGCUCUGA